CUGUUGUUUCCAGGACGCUAUAAAAGAGCCGCCCCUUCACUGACAGUCACAACAGUGAGUCGUUUGACACUGAACAUACUCCACCAGCACACGAAGAAGACAUCAAUCGAACAAUGGAUCCCUGCGACUGCUCCAAGAGUGGAACCUGCAAGUGUGGAGCAUCCUGCGCUUGCACAAACUGCUCCUGCACCACCUGCAAGAAGAGCUGCUGCUCAUGCUGCCCAUCAGGCUGCAGCAAGUGCGCCUCCGGCUGCGUGUGCAAAGGGAAGACGUGCGACACCAGCUGCUGUCAGUGAAGAGCCUGCAACAUCAGCGCUCUACUGCCCUUGUGAUGGCGCCUGUGUGAACAACUAAUGACUAACUGCAAAUGUCUACAUAAAAUGUAUUUUGUACUCGUCUCAGCGUUGCAGUAAAUUGCUCUCCUUAACGUG